AUGUCCUGCCACUCCUACCAAGUCAACUCUGGUCGCCGUGUGGGCAACUUCAGCUCUUGUUCAGCAAUGGCCCCGCAGAACCUGAACAGGUUCCGAGCCAGCUCCUUCUCCUGCAGGAGUGGGUCCAGCUUCCGAGGCCUUGGCAGUUUUGGUAGUCGGAGCGUCAUCAACUAUGGAUCAUGCUCACCCCGGAGAGCAGCUAUAGGCUCUCGUCCCAGCCCCUGUGGAGUUGGCUUUGGUGUUGGUGGUGGGUGUGGUGCUGGUCUAGGGUUUGGAGCCAGCUGUGGCCUUGGCUAUGGCUUUGGUGGCUUUGGCUACAGAGUUGGAGGAAUUGGAAUCCCGGCAGCCCCAUCUAUCACAGCGGUGACUGUUAACCAGAGCCUGUUGACCCCUCUCAACCUGGAGAUUGACCCCAAUGCUCAGAGGGUGAAGCGAGAUGAGAAGGAGCAAAUCAAGACCCUCAACAACAAAUUUGCUUCCUUCAUCGACAAGGUGCGGUUCUUGGAACAGCAGAAUAAACUUCUAGAGACCAAGUGGAACUUCCUCCAAGAGCAGAAGUGUACCAGGAGCAACCUGGAGCCCCUUUUUGAGUGCUACAUCACCAACCUACAGAGGCAGCUGGAUGCAGCCAGCAGUGACCGGGCCCGUCUGGAGGCUGAGAGGAACAACAUGCAAGAUGUCCUUGAAGGUUUCAAGAAGAAGUACGAAGAAGAGGUAGAACUCCGAGCCAACAUUGAGAACGAGUUUGUGACUCUGAAGAAGGAUGUGGAUUCCAAUUUCUUAAAUAAAUCUAAUCUAGAGGCCAAUGUGGAAACCUUAGCUCAGGAAAUUGACUUCCUGAAAACCCUCUACAUGGAGGAAAUCCAGCUGCUGCAAUCACACAUCUCAGAGACCUCAGUCAUCGUGAAGAUGGACAACAGCCGGGACCUGGACUUGGAUGGAAUCAUCAGUGAAAUCAAGGCCCAAUAUGAAGAGGUUGCCAGGCGCAGUCGGGCUGAUGCUGAGGCCUGGUACCAGACCAAGUAUGAGGAGAUGCGGGUGACAGCUGGCCAACACUGUGACAACCUGCGCAACACACGGGAUGAGAUCAACGAGCUGACCCGCAGGAUCCAGAGGCUGAAGACAGAGAUUGAGCACGCCAAGGCUCAGCGGGCCAAGCUGGAGGCCGCAGUGGCUGAGGCGGAACAGCGGGGUGAGGCAGCUCUCAAGGAUGCCAAAUGCAAGCUGGCAGAUCUAGAGGGCGCCCUGCAGCAAGCCAAGCAGGACAUGGCCAGGCAGCUGCGUGAGUACCAGGAGCUGAUGAACGCCAAGCUGGGCCUGGACAUUGAGAUCGCCACCUACAGGCGCCUGCUGGAGGGCGAGGAGAUCCGGAUCUGUGAAGGUGUUGGACCAGUAAACAUAUCCGUGAGCAGCUCCCGCGGUGGCCUGGUGUGUGGGCCUGAGCCCCUGGUCUCCAGCUCAACCCUCUCCCGCAGCAGAGUCACCUUCUCUGGCAGCAGCACCCGUUCUGGUGGCAUCUGUGGCUCCAGCCUGGGUGGGGCUCAGGUCAUCAUGGGCAGCGGGGACCUGCUCAGCACUGGCUCCCGGGGAGGCUCGAUGCUGAUGAGAGAGUCUUGCAACCCCUGUGCCCCCAGCAUCCCCUGCCCGCUGCCCACUGAGGGCGGCUUCAGCAGCUGCAGUGGGGGCCGCAGCAGCCGAGGUUCCAGUGUCCGCUUUGUGUCUACCACCACCUCCCGCCGGACCAAGUACUGA